AUGACGAUCUCCAAAGUUGUAUUGGGUAUCUGUGCAAUGGAGGAGAAGAUAGAGUCUGCUCCAAUGCGUGUAUUCAUCAAGAAGUUGAUGAGGUUUGAAGACUUGAAUGUGAUCCUGUUUGACAGGAACACUAUAUUCUCCAGCCCCAUCGAGGAGUGGCCAGUGUGCAACGCCUUCCUAUGCUUCUACUCGACGGGCUUCCCUUUGGAGAAGGCCAUCAAGUACUCUGAGCUGCGAAAGCCAUUCGAAAUCAACAAUCUCAAGGCUCAACGAUUGCUCAAGAAUAGGAAGUCAUUCAAUCAGAUCCUCGAGCAAAACUCCAUUCCAGCGCCAAGAAAGAUAUACAUUGAGCGCGGGGACACUGCCACACCAACCAGAUAUAUUGAACAUGAAGAUUAUGUUGAGGCCGACGGCGUUAGGAUUUAUAAGCCAUUCGUCGAGAAGCCUUUCGAUGCCGAAGAUCACAACAUCAAUAUUUAUUAUCCAAUGUCACAAGGAGGUGGAUGCAGGCGACUAUUCCGCAAGGUUGAAAACAAUUCCAGCUCCUUCCAUCCAGAUGUUAACAAUAUUAGAACAGAUGGAUCAUAUAUUUAUGAAGAGUUUGUAAAAUUAGAUGAUGCCAAGGAUGUAAAGGUAUACUCGAUGCCAAUCAACUCCUAUGCCGAGCUACGAAAGUCGCCAUCAGUUGACGGUACAGUAGAGCGAAACAGCUCAGGAAAAGAGAGACGAAUAGAGACAAAGUUGACAGACUACGAAUCAAGGAUUGCCAGUAUUGUAAACAGAGAGUUUAAACAAUUCAUUUGUGGAUUCGAUAUAUUGAGGACGAAUGGAGUUUCGUAUGUAUGCGAUGUGAAUGGUUGGUCGAUGGUUAAGGGCCGCCAUCAAGAUGCAUUUUACGAGGAGGCCUCCUUGUGUCUGCGAGAUAUGCUACUUCCAGACAGAGGAGUCUGGGAUCAGGUGACCGCAAGCGACACCACCUACUUCUCAAUCAAGCAACAACAACCAUCUUUUCAUCAAUUGAGCUUCAAUCACGAAAUCACCAAUUGA